GGACAACUUCGCGUAUGUACAUUUUGCUAAAACAGCUAACGCACAAUUUCGCCAAGCUGAUCACAAACGCUUUGUGUAUCAUGUUCAAUGAUUGUAUUCUAAUCCUGUUCUUGUCAUGUGAAAUAGUGCAGGCUGUGGUGAAGAAUCUCAUCAUUGACACAGAUAUCUUCAGCGAUGUGGAUGAUGCUGCAGCGCUUCUUCUUGGAGCGACCUUACCUGGUGUCAACUUGCUAGGUGUCAAUGUCAAUUAUCCUUCAACCUAUUCCGUUCUCGCAACAUCUGCAAUUUUGGCGCAUUAUGGCCACCCUUAUGUUCCAAUUAGCGCACAGAGACCAUUAAAUAACAACACCUUCCUAGACACAUUGAAUUUUGAGAAAGGUGAAUACUGUAGCAAGGUUGCUUAUCACUGGUCCGGAGGUAGCUUGCCUUGGGGCAAAGCAGAAAACGCUUGGCUCCCCGUUGAUCUCUAUCGACGUCUGCUAGCCAAUGCAGACGAUCGCAGCGUGACCAUUGUCUCCAUUGGAUUUCUUGACAGCCUUUCAGCUCUUCUGAACUCAACAGCUGAUUCGUACUCAUCUUUGGACGGACGAACACUUAUUAAGUUGAAAGUUAACGAAUUGGUGAUUAUGGGAGGUGAUUAUCCAAAGGGUCACAGCUGGAACUUCUGGGGAUCAAAUUCUGCUCUCUCUGCCCACGUAGUGAACACCUGGGAUGGUCGUAUCACAUUCAUUGGUGGAGAGGUGGGCAAACACGUCUUGACAGGAGGCUCUUUGAUGGCCAAAGGACCUUAUAGUGACCCAGUACGCAUGUCAUACAUCUAUUACACAUAUCUGAAUAUGCAUGCGUCAUGGGAUCCGUUAGCGAUUAUGUACGCAGCAUAUGGCCUUGGAGAUCUCUUUGAGUUUGGCAAUCAGCACGGCUAUAACCACGUUGAGCCGAACGGAACUAAUAACUGGAUUGACGACCCUUCGAAGGUGGAACAACAUUACCUUCAUCUCAAGACAAGUGAGUCUAAAGCGGCCGCAAAGCUAGACAAACUUUAUUUACACGCGGCGCGCAAGUUCUCCUAUAAGAAACCAGUAAGACCACCACAAUUAGUAAAGGCUCCACGCAUAGACCAUAGCGAAUUCUCGCUCUGGACUGUCAUAGGUUGGACUUUUAUGCUGGCCGGAGUUGUGGCCAUAGCAUUCCUUAUUCAUGAUACUAGGGUAUUGCGUACGUGGUGGAAUCGAGUUCGAGUGUCCUAAAAUGUUACUACAUAUGACCACCUCUAGACCGGGGACGACAAUUUCUGAAUCCUAAGCAGCUCUAUUUUCAACGAGCUGUACGAAAUGGUUUAAAUUCGAUAGACUCAUAUGAAG